AUGACUGGAGAGACCCAACAUGUCUACACCAUCGGCGAUACUGAGAGCGGCCCCAAAGACCCCGACAAGGACUUUGGCUGUGAAGGCUGCGGGGAGAAGGACGGGAGGGGGCUGGGCGGGUUGGACCCGUCCCCUUUCCCCGGCCCCAAGGACAAGGAGCUCCACAGCCAGCGGGAAGCGGUGAUCCGGCCGCAGCAAGUGGGGAAGAUCGACUUCAAGUCCCUCCACUGCAAACCCAAGUUCGCGGCCUCGCACCACGGGCCCUUGCCGUGCUGCAAGGGCAGGAGCGAGCAUCCCUCCAACCCCCACGGUGCUCCCUCGUCGUCAUCUGGUGCUAUCGACCAAAACCCAAGCACUUUCCAAGAGAACCAAGCCGUUCUUCCCUCUAGUUUACACUCGCCUGCUCUGCCAAAGCCGGCCGUCGCCAAGAGGCCACCCUCGGCAAAGGGCAGUGUCCCCAGCCCGCGGCUGCUGGUCCAGGGCAGCCCUCUGAGAAGGCCCGUGCCACCAAACUCUCUCUCCCAAGUGCACUUUCAGAGCAAAGCCUAUUGCAGCUCCCCUGCAGGCAGCGCCAGCGCCGGACCCGUGCCUUUUGAGACAAGCGUUCCCACCACGGCACCCACCCACCCCAGGUUUGUGCAAGCUUGGGAAGGUGCCACCAAGGCGUUUUCACCCGUGGACCAGAAUUCAGCACCUUAUUCAAACCCUGUUGGAAACCAGUUCUCAUUCAAGUGCCAGCCCAGCCCUGAGCAGAGGCAGCACAGGCAGAAGAAUGCCAGGAUGCCUUGGCAGCAAAUCCACCUUGCUUCUGCAAUGCCCGGUCAAAACAGGCUUGAGCUGUUGAGACAAAUCACCAGCCAGAAGCUCCCCUUCCCCCUGAGCACGUCAGAGUGGCAGGGGAGUGGGAAAGACCAGAAAGGGACCCCCAUGAGUAACUCUCCAGGGUAUCACAGCAAAACGCUUGUGUUGGGAGAGAGCCUUGGGGUCCAGAGGGGAGAGCCUAACUCAACGGGCACUUUCUCCUUUGAAAAUGGGAAGGACCCAGGGUCUCCUGCCUGUGAAUCGAGAGGCAAAGCCCUCUUCUACAACAUGAGUCAAGCAGGUCCUCCUCCACCUCCCUCCAGGAGCUCGGCAGGCUUAGCACUGGUCCUGCCACCCUCAGCCUUGGUGGCUGCCUCUCCUUGUGAGUCCCCAUUGCCAUCCCCUGUCCCCAACCCACCCAGUGGCAGCACCUGCUCAUCACUCUCCCCCAUGUCCAGCAGUCCCCUCAACCCCAGCUUUGAAGACAGCCAGAUAUCUGGAGUGCUCACUCCCUCUCCCUUCUUCCAGCACCCCUGCCAUCCCAAGGACAGCAACAAAACCUUCCACCCUUCCGAUGUCCUGAGCUCCAGCUCCCUUCAUUACCACCCCUCAGACUCCAUCAAGUCCUUCCACUUCCCCCCCGAUGCCCUGAAAGAUGAUAACCUCCUGAAAUAUUCCCCAGCCAGCCCCUUCCACAAAUCUGGCAUCGAGGUGGCCAAAGGAUGCUCAGAUGGGCUGGAUGGGGAGCAACCUCCACCACCAUACUCCUCCCACCACUUGCUGGCCAGUUCGCUCAGCAGUGCCAGCCUGGACCAGCUGGACAUUCUCCUGACCUGCAAACAGUGCGACCAGAACUACAGCAACCUCUCCUCCUUCCUGCAGCAUCGCCAGUUCUGCUCCUCCCAUCCUGCUCUCCUGGCCGAGGGCAAGGAUGCUCCCCGGGCAGCUGAGGUGAGGAAAGCCCUCCCCCAGGAGCCCCUCACCAAGCCCCCCAGCCUGGGAUUGUCUCCAGACCCCCAAGCACAUUUGUUGCUGUUAAACAAGAGCGAUGACUUCUUGCUGGAUGGGGAAAGCAAAAGCGAGGGCAAGGAAGAUGCUCUGAAGGGUGGCCUCUUCAAUGGCCUCACCACCAGCUCCCUGCCCAUCACCGCCUCAGACCUGGACAUCGAUGAUGCCAAGCUGGACAGCCUGAUCACUGAAGCCCUCAAUGGCCUGGGAUACCAGUCAGAUAACCCCGAGAUUGACAGCAGCUUCAUAGACGUGUUUGCUGAUGAGGAGCUGACGGGCGUGAAGGCAGCCAGCAGUGGGAUGUCCCACAAGGCCAAGGAAGCCCUGGCCUUGGAGAGCAAAUCCAGGCAGGCAGCAGCAGAGGAGAAGGCAGCAGGCCAGCCUAAGGCUGGGUAUUUUUAUGAAGAUGGCCACCCGGGUGUGGAGCAGGCAAAGAGAGGGGCAGGAAAGCAGCAUCUUCACAAGGGGAGAGUGGCACAGAAGUUGGCAGCCAAGGAACCCGAUCCCGAGGCAGUGGGAGUGGAGAGGACAGCCAGGCUGCGGGCAGGCAGGAAGAACAGUGUCCCACCAGCCACCACCUCCAGCCAAAAGCAUCCCAGGAAGCUCAGCCAGGAGCCUCCGAUGAAGAGUGAAGCAGAGGCAGGGAUCACCAUCAAGAGCUCCAGGCCAUCCCGGUUCUCCACAAAGGACAUGAAGAAGCGGAAGCCCCGAAGUGGGACGUGGAGCAAGGAGCUCAUUCACAAGAUUGUGCAGCAGAAGAACAAGCUCCACAGACUACAAGUGAAGAACAGCAAGCAGGCCCAGGUCCCCCAGGUCACCGAGAGGCUGGUGCCAGCCCCCAGGGAGGGCAGGUUUCAGGAGUAUGACUACAUCUCCGACUCAGAUGAUGAUGGAGCAGAGUGCAGCAAGCUCCGGGGACGGAAGAAGAGAGGCACAGGAUUCAUCAGGAGGACCAAGAGCAGUUUUGGCAAGAAACGCCCAGGAAGAUGUGAGAAAGCCAAAGAGAAAGACCCAGCGUGGAGGUACAGCCAGAAAAGGGGUCGUCAGAAGAGGGAGGCACAGGAGCACAGGAGGAUCCCAAGCCAGGAGGAUGCUGAGAAAGAGGAUUGUGUUGCCAGAGUCCGAAGACAGAGCAGCCAGUCAUCUGCUGGCAGCAACCACAGCAGUAGUGUGCCUGGUGUGAUGAUGGUCACCAGCCCACCCCAUGCUGAUGGGGCUGGCUCAGGCAGUGAGAAGGGAGGCUCACAGAGGAGGAGGAGGAGCUCGGGCAGCCCAGCACGUGCACCAAGGACUCUGCUCAGCCUUCCCGAGGACAGGAGCCCAAAGAACAGUCAGAAGAGCAAAGAGGACUUUUCCAGGGGGAGCAGAAGGUUUGGCUCAGCCAAACCUUUGCUAGCAGGCUCCAGGACAUGUCCGAAUACUCAGCUAGAAGUUGCUGGGAUGGAAUGUGUGGAGGAGGAGCCAGUAGCGCAGCCCCAGGAAAGGCAGCUGCCCAGCUUGGCCACCUCAGGCAGGAGCUCCAUCAGGCUGUCCUGUAAGGAGGGGUCAGAAGAGCCCAAAGGAGCAGCCAAGCACAGGGCUGAGGCAGGAGAACCCACCCUGGAGAAUCAGGACUCCCCUGAGCUGUCCGUGGUCAACCAGAGGCAUCAGUUUGCCCCUUUCACAAGCAAUGGGCUGAAGUACCACGCUGAAGAGCUGAUUGCUCCAUCCCACGGCGGUGACGAAGCCAGUCCUGGCCAUGUGAGUGCCACCUUCUCAGAAGCAGGCAUCAAAUACUUGAAGGCACACGGGCUCUGCGAGGCCCGGAAGGACUGUCCCGUGCUGGUUGCCCCGUACGGGAGGGAUGCAGUGGGGAUGAUGCUCACUGCCAAAGUACCUGAUCCAUAUGUCAGCAGUGACAACAUAUUUUUCAAUCCCAAAAGUCUUCCUGGUCACUACAAUGACAACCUCUUCUCAAAGCCCCCGGCCUUGAGCUCCCCACACAUGGAUGACAUGUACUUGUGCCAGGAUGACACCAACGGCAGCUCCUUCGGGCAGAAGCGCAGCAGCAUCUCCCCGUACGCCGCAGAAAUGCCGCAGCGCAAGGUCUCCUCCCCUCUCAGCUUUGAUUCCUCUUCAAUAUUUGGAGAGCUUCCCGUCGCCGAGUUUGAUCCACCACUGUAUGAGAGUGUUCCUACCAGCAAGGACAGUUACGUGCCAACAUUUGCCUGCUCUGGCCAUCCCCUCAGCAAACCGCUGCCCUUUGAGCAACCGUAUCCACCGUUCAUGCCAGAGAAAGGCUGGUCCCUCAUGGAGGAGGUGGCUCCCAUGCUGCCAGAAGACAUGACUCAGUUCCAGAGCCUUUCAGUGGAGAAGCCACUAGCCAAGAAAUUCCCCGAGGAAGGACCUGUCCCCACCAGCCAACUCUCCCUGCCACUGCCAGACAGGAUAACAGAUUAUAACGUGAGUUUUACAAACAACAUUUCAGAUGAUGAGCUGGAGAUCAAGCGAUUAGUCACAGAGCUGGAGAGUCAACUGCAAACCAGCAAGCUGGAUAACGAGGCAUCCGCUGACCUUCAGAAACCUGAGCAACACAUGGCAGCCCAUCUGCGAGGACAGGUGGCUGAGCUGUUCCCACCACUGCCAGUGGAGCAAGUGACGGGCCAGGAGAAAGGCCUGUUUUUGGCAGAGGAGCUGGGCAGCUCCAGCCUCCUCUGCAUCGGGGAGAGGCUGGAAGGUGAGAAGCCAACCAUCACAAGCAGCCAUAGGGACUAUGAGAGACCCCAGGAGCCCUGGCCCUGCCCAGUGGAGCUGGGCUCGCUGGAGGCAGGGACGUCCACAGCGGCCCCACAAGCCAUGGACCAUUUCUGCUCCAAAGACAGUGGUGAGCAGCUCCAGGGAGCUGCAGCUGCAGAGGAAAGUGACCCUGAAAACAUGGAAAAUGGGUCUUCUUCCAAAAGUCUACCUGGGUCACACACACCAGACCAAGUAGAGGCUCCCAUCUACACAGACCCCAUGACAAAAAGCCCUUCUGCUGUCACUGACUCCGUAUUCCCCAAGAUCCUGGAGGCAGCUGAAGCCACCAAAGAUCCCCUGCCAUCCCUGCCAUGCCAGCAUGAUGCUGAGAGCUUCCCUGUGUCAGGGAAAGCAGAUGAAAGCUUCAUUGAUGCUGCAGAGCUAGAGAAGCUUGAUGCCUAUCUUCCAAAUCAUAAACCUCAACUGGACACCCCAGCCUUGGACCUCACCUUUUCACCUCACAUCAAAGAGAUCUCAGAUACAGAAGAAAGACCCUUAAGCAAACCCAAGUCACCCAAAAUGACCAAAAGCACCAUAGACUUCAAAGGGGAUGAUGGUGGGUCUGCAUUGGUGGAAGAAACAGAGGAGAGAAAGAGCCCAACCACCUCUCCAGACCCUGGACUUGGUGACAAAGCCAGCAAGCAAAAAGUGCUGCUCUUUGAUAUGCUGAGUCUGCCUGAGGAGAGCGACCACGGCUCCCAGGAGAUGUUGGCAUCCCAGGAGAGGGCUGCCAACCCUCUGCAGCAGCUCCAGCUCUUUGUCGCCCGAACAGUGAAGAGCAACGAGGAGGAGCUGUUGAUGCCCUGCUUCCCCAUGCUCCUUGCUCCUGGCCACCCCUCUGCCACCACCCGUGGCCAGCUGGAGCAGAAAGAGGAGAAAUGCGGUGCCUUGGAAGGGGAAAAUGGGACACACUGCCCUGCACAAGGGGAGGGGAAUAUCCCUGUUGAAGGUAACACAGAAAAUAUUCCUGCCCCAGCAAAAGAGGUGGUGCUUUUCUCUAGUGGAUGUGAGCAGCUGGAGUCAUUUGGUGGGACGGGCUCUUCCCACGCAAAACCAUCUGCACUUGCCAAGCCUGAGCUGCAAAGUAACGUAAGGGAGCUGCAGCACUUAGCAAAUGAACCUGCAGAGCAGAAUGACAUUAAUACUGGCACAGAUGGUGUUUCCCGAGAGCAUAAUGACCUCUCACCACUCAAAAACACAGUGGUGACCCCACUGUCAGGGCAAGGAGAGAAAGCUGAUCCACUCCUGGAAGAAGAGGAGGAAGAGAAAACCAAAGCAACCUUGGCAUUCAAAAGCCAUGAGCAAUCCUGUAUAAGCCGUAGUUUGCUGGAGGAAGAAACGCCGGGCAGUGCUGCAGCAGAGAGGCUGGAAAGGAACCCAGUGGGGCAGGAGGUACAGUCCCUGUGCUCUGCUCCAGUGAGUCCCACCAGCACUCCCAGACCUUCCAAGGAGGAUCUCCACCAGGAUCACCACUUGGUGCUGGAAGCAAGAGCUGGUACAGUCAGUGCAAAGGAUCCCAGGGAAGGAGAUGGCAAGAAGUCGUCCCUCAAUGGCUGUCAUUACACACGUGACUCUCCAGCCAGCUUGCUCUUGCCAACCAAUUUUUCUCACCCCAAACACUUGCAGAGCAGUGAGGCAGAGGGAGGAGAUGUCCCCAGCUUCAGCACUCAGCUCUCCGAUGAGAAUAAACACGCCUUGGAGAUGGAAGGUCCCCAGAAACCUUAUGGGAAGGACUGCUCUCUUCCCUGCUUACCACCCUUCAACCAAAAGGGUGUUGGGAAAGAAGUACCCAAAAGCACUGGUGCUGUGCUCUCAAGUUCUCAUAUUCAAGAAACCCAAGCGUGCACCAUCACAGAUAUGGUCGUUAACUCCAUUCCUCCAGAAACCCAAGAUUACCCAACUCAGCCCACGACAGAUCUUCUCCCCAUCAGAGAAAGAGAGGCAAAACUGAACGAAGAGGACAACCUGGAAAUCUGCUCUGAUGGUGGAAACAAGCAUCAAAGUGAACCAGAGGCUUUGUCCAAUGGUUGUGUUGUUCAGCCGGCUGCUGUCAUCAGAGGUCUUAAAAGAACUGGAGAUCUUGGUCCUGCUGACUUAAAUGGCCAUGAGUUUUCAGAGGCAGCAGAGGUGAGACUUGGUCUUUCCAAACCCACAGAGAGCAGAGGAAAGAGUUUAAAAGGGGAGAAAACCAAAAGUCACGGGGAUGGAGAAGCUGGGAGCUGUGUGUUAAGCAGUACGGGCCAAGGAGAGGACAACAUGCCUAACGGUCCUCUGAACCCUUCCCAAAGUGAACUUAAAGAGAAGAAGCCAAACGGGCUCCUGGUGACCUGCGACAUUUGUUCGGCCACUUUCCGGUCCAAGCCUGGCCUGACCAGGCACAAAGCUGUCAAGCACCAGGUGAAGAAUGGUGGUGGACCACAGCCCAGCAAGGCUCCCAUGUCUGCUUUGAUUCCUACAGAGAGGACAUCAAAAGCAGCCCAAAAAGUGCCCAGGAGGAGCCUGAAGACUUCAGUCAAAGACAAAACUUGCAGCUCACCAGUUCCCACCACCAACACUGACCAUGUCCCCAAGAAAAUAUGCCCAGACCUGGAGAAAGAGCCCAGCACACAGAUGCAGGAAGUGGUCAGCAGAGUGCUCAGUGACCUCAGCGUGAUCUCCUUUGAGAUGUCCCAGGAGCUGCACCGCACACGUGUUCUGCAGAGGGUGAUGAAGGUAAAGGGACCCUGCUUGGAGACAAGGGGAGCAGGCGAGGUGGCAGCUGGGAAGCUGGACUCAGGGCGGCAAGCCAGGAAGGGAGAAAAGGGUAGAAGGAGCCAAAGCAAAGAUCCUGGAGAGGUGAAUGGCAAUUCUGAGAAGAAGCUAAACAGGAAAGUGAGACGAAGGAAAGCAAAGGUGUUUCCUAGCAGAAGUGAGCCUGCUGGUCCAUGUGAGCUGGAGAAGGCAGAUCCUCCCUCUGCUAUCCUCAGCUCCAGUCUGCCCAGGACUAUGGAGAGCUUGCAUCAGGCUGGUGGUUGCAUCUCCACAGAGGAGCAAAAUAGGUCCAACUCAUCCCAAUACCCUCAAAAAGCUAAACAGUCCCCUUGUGCAGCUGAGCUUGCAGAGGACCUGGGCAACAGGAUGGGGUCUUCAAAGGAGAUGGUCAACAAGGAGUUAGUAGCAAGCACAGUCACCUGUCCUGGGGAGGUGGAAGAUCCAAAUGAAGUGGAGGGCCUGCAGGCUUGCAAGAAAUCGGCUAGUGGGUUUGUGAAGCAAGUGGAGAAGGGAUUGGGCAAGGUAGGCAAAGAGCAGCAUUGUGGUGCUGGUGGCACAGAAGAGAUGGAUGCUAAGACAAAAGACAGGCCCAUGGCAGAGAGUGGUGCAGGGAACCGGAGUGAUGCUCCAUGGGUUCCCAUGGUUCCUGCCAAAGAGGGCCUGCCACUGGAGACACGGGAUUCAGAAACCACACAAAGGAUUCCUGGGCAAGGUGCUCUGCAGACCACACCAGGGACCAGCCCUCCUCCUGCAGAGCCAAAGCACUGGUUGACAGCAGACCUGCCACCGGGCAGAGAGCAUUGCGUGGAGAAGGUGGCCAUCUCAGACGACCUCCAGAGCUUGUUUGAUGAUGACUCCACGUUCUCCCAGCUCUUUCCCAGGGAUGACCAGUCUGUCCGGAGAAAGUGCACGCGGGUGUAUGGGAAGCGUAGCAAGAAACCCAAGCCCGUGACCAAGGUGGACCAGCAGGCAGCGGGUGAUGGGGACCUCUUCACAAUCCGGGUAGCUUCUGACCUCAGUGAAACCAGCUCUUUCUGUGUCACCAGGGAGGACCCAUGCGAAUACGAAACCAUCUCCGGUGACGAUGCCUUAAUGCUGAACAUGUGUCACAGCAGCACGGGGAAGAGUGGGGACGCUGCUGCUCCCAGCGGGUCCAAAAGCGUCGCGCUGAGGUUGGACUGCGAGCAGAUUGACCAAGGGAAGGAGGACAUUGACCUGGAAGACAACAUGCUAACCUUCUUGUGCCAAAACAGCCAAGUGGACAACGUCCCCAGCUUGAACAUCUGGGGGAAUCUGGAGAAGGAGGGAGAAAGCCUCUCUGCCGAGGACAUGUUUGAGCCUCUGAUGGACCCCGAAGAUGAGCACUCACUCAGAGAAGGGGGCUCUGAACCCCCUGACCUGGUGGAGGAGCCCUAUGGUGACUCAGCUAACAUAGACUCAGGCUCUCCUGAAUUUCACACCAUCGACAUCGAGAUGCUGAAUGCAAAGCUGAAGAUGAGAGACAUGUGCUUCUUCAGCCCAUGUGAAGAUCUUUCUGGACACGGGGAGAACAAUGCUGGGAGUUUCAAGCCGAAGCCAGGCCAGCACAGCAAGCACAGAAACAAGCUAGAAGAUGGGAAACUGGGGAAAAACCGCAGUGAGAUGACCAUCAAGACCAAAGACAAGCAAUACAAAUGCAAAGUCUGCUUCCAGUGGUUCCUGACAUUGGGAGAGCUGGACUUCCACAAGCUUUCCCAUAACCCUUCCCCUCCACCUACCUGCUACAUGUGUGUCCAGCGCAAAUUCAGCUCCCGGGAGCAGCUGAGGGACCACCUGAAGGAGAAGCACGCCAAAAACAAAGCCGGUCUGUGGGCUUGUGGGAUGUGCCUGAAGGAGAUCUCUGAUGUCUGGAUGUACAACGAGCAUCUCCGGGAGCACGCCACCCAGUUUGCUCGCAAGGGCCAAGCGCAGAAGUCUGUGAUGGGCCUGCCAGCCUGCUUUGGUGAGGACAACGCUGCUGUCACCCACUUCCUCAACACCAUCAUGUAUCGGAAGCCCAGCAGGUCCUCCCGGCACACUGACCCCAGCUGCAGGCAGGGGGUUAGCAGAGGGAGCAAGAGCCCUAGGGAGCUGCCCCUUGAGCAAGAGGCCAAGGCGAUGAAAGACCCCCUGGAAAGCAACGUUAAGGUGAAGCCACCUGCAUCCAGCUCUUCUAAAGCAUCUGCCAGUCCUUCUCCAGAGCAUGUGGCAAAAAGCGACGGCACCCCAAAAUCUGUCCCCAUGCACCCAGACUGCAAGGAUCCUUCCAGGGACUGUCAUCACUGUGGCAAACAGUUCCCCAAGCCCUUCAAGCUCCAGCGGCACUUAGUCGUGCAUAGUUUACAGAAGAUCUACUUGUGCCACAAGUGUCCAAUGUUCUACCAGGAGACCAAAGAGCUUCGGAACCACCUCAGCCAGGAGCACGGGAUAGUGGAGGAGCAGGAGAUCAAGCACACCACCCUGUAUGCCUGCGAGCUCUGUGCAGACGUCAUGCACGUGAUCAAGAAGUCCUUCAUCUGCAGCAUGUGCAACUACACCUUCUCCAAGAAAGAGCAGUACGACCGGCACAUGGAGAAGCAUCUGGCGGGAAGCAACAAGACUUUCAAAUUCAGAGGGGUCAUGAGACCUGGUGUUGCCUUCAGGGAGGGCAAGGAGAAAGUGAAAGAGGACGGCUCUCUCUGGGAGGGCAUGCCACCGAGCAAGAAGAGGAAAGUUGCUCACCACAGCAGCUCACUCCCACGCAGCUCACCAGUCCAGCUGGACCACACUGAUGACCUUCAGCUAGUAGAGGCUGCAAGCCCCAACCUACAGGCUCCUGCUGACUCCUUCCCUACAGCACCUGAUGACCUGGGAGCACCCCAACCCCCCCUGAAAACAGAAGACCUGGUGGGGGACUUUUCUGACCUCCUGGCAGAGAUGGAGAAAUCUCAGUUUGAGGGCCUGCCCCCCCCACACUGCCUCUCCCCAUCCUUGCCGCAGGCUGCAACGAGCAGCCCAGAGCUCGGCCACGUCGCUGCCCUGUCUAUGGAGGAGCUGGAGAAAGAAGCAUUUGAUGGGAAACCACUUCCUUUCUUGGACUCACCCGACUUUACUGUUGACCUUGCUGGGUUGGCUUGUACCCAGGCCACAGACCAAAAACUCUCUCCUCCCCAUCUGCCCAAGAAACGGGGCUACGUUGAUGCCCAGAAAAGAACAAGUGUAGGAAACAAAGAUGAGCAUAUAGCAGGUGUCCUGGAAAAUCCCAGUGCAGCUGUGGAUAGGAUCCCAUUUCUCCAACUUGCCAAGAAGGUCUCAGGGCUUCCUUCCCUUCAAACAGAGGCUCCACCAGCCAAGGAGAUCCACAGGUGGGGCAGCCCCAGUGCCAGUAACGCCUCUUCUUGGGAAGGUGCACCUAAAGCCAUGUCUCCAGAAGCUGCCCGCCACCCCCUGCCCCUGAAGGACAAGACAGCAUCACCCACGCUGAACAGAGCUGCCAAAGAUUUGGUCCUGCAGAAGAAGACCUCGGGUAGCCAGCCCAGCAGUGAGGCUGGUCCCAGCACUGGCAGCCCUGAUGGCAGCAACGAGGAGGGUCACCAACUCGUCUUGGGGAGGGACAAAGUCACUAAGGACCCUAAGGACAACAGCACCAAUGCCAAGGACCAAGAUGGCAACCCAAGCAAAUCCAGCAGCCACCAGCCCAGAGGUGAGGGGGCCAGCAAUGCUGUAAGACACAGCCACGUGGAACCAAGCAAAGCCACCAGCAAGCUUCACCCCAGGAGGAGGAAAGAGCACAAGUCCUUGAGCCAUCGGAGCAGCUCCGGCUCCCGGGAGAACAUGGAGGGAGAUGGGAAAAAGAAAAAAGCCCGGAUCUCAUGCCCGGGGAGGAGCGAAAGCACCGGUGACCUCAAACAUGCUGGUUGGAGCAAGGCUGAAGCUUCAGCACUCUCCCCUGGGAGGAGGGAGACACAAUGCAACAAGCUGGUACCCAGGGGCAAAGCAGGCACCCAGCUGAAGAAGAUGGUCCUGGACACUUACAACCAGAAGAAGGGGGAGAUCCGUCACGCCAACGGGGACGUGAAGCGCAGGAAGGCCAUCCUGGGGAAGAGCCUCCACCAGGUGUUGGCCAAGGGGCCGGCGCCGUCCCCGCGUGGGUCCUUGCAGAGCCCACGUGCCGGCCGGGGGGCCAAGCCGGCCGGGUCGGGCAGCUACCGCACCGCUGAGUCCCAGAACAACCUGCUAAGCCAACUCUUCGGGCAAAAAUUAACAAGCUUUAAAAUUCCUUUAAGAAGAGAUACUUCAGAGUAA